CAGCCGGAGCGUAUAUUCUCAUCGAUCUGAUUAAGCUUGCUAGCUAGCUCGAUAAGUACUGAUUAUUGGCAAUGGCUUCCAAGUCUCUACUUCCGCUCGGUGUUGUACUGGCUUGUCUCCUGCUUCUCUCCGCACAUGCUAGAGAUCUCACUGAUGCUAAAGAAUCUGAUGAGAAGAAUGUGAAACCUGGGGCGGGCAUCAAGAACGAGAAGUGGGGAGGUGGAAGCAAAAAUAGCGGAGGAUAUGGAAACAACGGCGGAGGAUACGGAAAUGAUGGUGGAGGAUAUGGAAACAACGGUGGAGGUGGAGGAUAUGGUAACAACGGUGGAGGAUAUGGAAACAAUGGUGGAGGAAACAAUGGUGGAGGAUAUGGAAACAAGGGUGGAGGAUACGGAAAUAAUGGUGGAGGUUACGGACACAAUGGUGGUGGGUAUGGGCCUGGUUACGGUGGCGGAGGCUAUGGUCCUGGAUAUGGUGGUGGCGGUUACAAUAAUCCUGGCUACGGGGGUGGCAACAAUGGUGGGUAUGGCAGCGGUUCUGGCAGUGGAUACGGUAGCGGCAACGGGUACGGCGGGGGUGGAGGUUAUGGAGGAGGAUCCGGUGGUAAUGGCGGUGGUUAUCCUGGAGGUGGAUAUGGUGGAAGAGGUCAGCAUGGUGGUUGAAACUAAGGAAGCACCUAAAUAUGCGUAUAUGUGUUAAAUAAGCUGGCAAUAUGUGGUGAUGUUGGAUGCGCUAGGAUAUAUAAUAUGGUCCUCAUGCUCCCAUGUAAUAGCAAAGUCCAUAAAAGUGAAAUCAAUUGACCAAGCUAGCAUCGUGUGGUUAAAACCUAAUAUGUUGUACUUUUUAUACAUUGUGCCACAUUGUAUAAUGACAUAAACAAAUAAUUGUGUGGUUUGUUUUUUUCUUAUUAAAA